AUGGCGACGAUGCCUAUAGUAAAUCCAAUGCCUCCAUUUGAUCCUGACUCGGACAUUGGAGCAAAUAUUGGCCCCAAGUGGAAAAUCUGGAUGGAAGACUUUGAGAUGUACAUUACCACGAACGGCAUUACAAACAAAGCCAAGAAGCAAGCGCUGCUUUUAUACCAGGCAGGCGCCCAAGUUCGCGUAAUUUUUCGGCAAAUCCCUGAUAAUGGAGAUGACAAAGACUACAAGGCGGUUGAGAAACUAAACAAAUACUUUGAACCACAAAAACACCGAUUGUACAAGGUGUACAAAUUUCGUGAGGCACGACAAGACGUCAGCGAAACUUUAGACCAAUGUUAUACACGAUUGCGGAGUUUAUCUACCCGAUGCGAGUUUGCUGAUCCAGAUUUUGAAAUAAUGGUUCAAAUUGUCGUAUGUGGUCGCUCCAGUCUACUCCGAAAGCAAGCCUUACGUGAUCCCAAGUUGACAUUGAAAGACCUACUAGUUUUGGGCCGCCAAUGUGAACGAAGUCGUCAACAAGCUGCAGAGAUCGAGGAAGGUACAAGAAACAAUCAAACCGGUAUGAACGAUGACGCUGUUGUGGAUGCUGUUCGCAAUACCCCCUGCUGGAAAGACAUCGCAAAAAGGGGUUUGCAGGAAUUGUGGUGCUGAAUGGCCACACAACAUGGGAUUAUGUCCAGCAAAGGGCAAAGAAUGCCGAAAAUGUUCCAAACUGAACCAUUUUGCGAGAGUGUGUCAAUCUGCGCCUGCGAAGGCGCGAGGUCAGCGGCAAGACCGUGGACGAUGGCAAGGACGUCAUGAAAACAAACCUAUUCGGCCACUUAAUGUCUCGGACAAUGAAUCAAGCGACUCAGACAAUUAUUGUUAUUCAGUUAACGAUACAAAGACGCAAAAUCCCUACACAAAGUUGAAGAUUAACAAUCGCAAUGUAAAGUUUACGGUUGACACUGGAUCCAGUAUAAACAUAAUAGAUCAACAAACCUUUGAGCAAACCAAAACAAACAUCAAAGCUUAUGCAUUUAAUUCAAACGUCCCUGUUAAAAUGAAUGGGAAAUUUACCACCAUUGUGGAAUCACGGCGCAAGAUUACGGUGACAACCAUUUAUGUUACAAAAGCAAACGGUGGUUGUCUUUUGAGUGGGUCAACUGCAGAAGAGCUAGGACUAAUCAGCUGGCAUUUGAAUGCGGUACAAAUAACAACAUCAUCCCAAACAGCACCAACGUUUACAUGA